CAGUAAGUUUUGUUUUGAAUUCGAUUAGAAAACCUGUAAACUUUCUUUCUGUUUUUUUUAUACCGGUGCCUGUGUAUUUACCUAUUUGCACUUUGUUUUGUGCUGAUAACUUGUCGUUAUUUGUAGUUUGGAAUCUUCCGUUGAGUCGAGCUUUGUUCUUCCGGAUAUUCGUGUGAUUUUAUCAUCUGAGAUUGGACUCUGACUGUGUUCACUGUGUUGUGCAGAUAUUUUUUAGAUAGGACUCCUGUAAAAAGUACCUGAUUAUUUGAGAUAGGAGUCCCAAGUUUGUGUUUGUUUUUGUGAAAGACAGUUUUACAACGAAAGUGCCACGAUGUCUUCAGAUAAACAUUGUUGCGUUCCUGGUUGUAAAGGCAGUGGAGGUAUUCGCACGAGAAAAUCAAGAUAUGAAAUGGGCAUGCGAGCACUCCGCAAUGGGUGCUGGCUUAUGAUACUCUUCAUAAAUUACACUGGAAGCGAUUGGCUUAACUGCGCGAAUAUAGCGGAGUGCAAUUGCAAAUGGUCGUCUGGCAAGAAAACGGCUUCGUGCGUCUCGGCGGGACUGAAACAACUUCCUCAUUUGGCGACCGAGAUCCAAGUUCUAGACUUGCACGGAAAUCAGUUAAAGAGUUUAGGACAAGACGCCUUUGCGAGCAUAGAAUUAUUGCACUUGCAACGGCUGAAUUUGAGUUCGAGCAACCUCCGCUCGCUGCAUCCGGACGCAUUCAGGGAACUUCGGAUACUUGUCGAGUUGGACCUAUCCCAAAACGAACUGUUUCAACUUUCCCCUGACACUUUCAGAGGCAACGACCGUCUCAGGCUACUAGUCUUGAAUGAUAACCCUUUGAUGACAUUAGUAGCUGAGCAAUUCCCCCCACUUCAACAUUUGAAGAAACUAGAAUUAGUUAGAUGUAAACUCCAGACUAUUCACCCAUUUGCCUUCGUACAUUUACAGGCAUUGGAAACUAUACAUGUCCGGCAGAAUUCAAUUUCGUAUCUCCAUCGAAACACUUUUAAUUUACCACUUCUAAAGACUUUAACACUUUCAGACAAUCCAUGGUACUGUGAUUGUAGGCUAAGAGAGUUCCACGAAUGGUUUUUAAAUAGCAACCUUGGGAAUGAAGAAGUAUAUUGCGAAGGUCCCGAAAACAAAGCGCAGAUUUCAUGGAGAAGUCUGAAGGGAAAUGACAUGGUUUGUCCACCGUCAGCAUAUACGAGUCCAACAGUUAUAAGAACGGAAGCUGGUGCAGACAUUUCGUUCGGUUGUUUUGUUAGAGGUGAUCCAAAACCGAUUGUGAACUGGUCCUUUCAUCAUAUUGAAAUUCAUAACAGUACCAGCAGACACAGUGAUAUUCUUAUUUAUAGGUAUCAAUUGGACCAUUUUGAUGAAUAUAGAGACGAUUAUAUAAACAAAAGUGCUCAGUGGAUUAACGUGACCAUAUCAAACGUGACUAGUGAAUUAUCCGGUGAGUGGAAAUGUAGUGCCAAAAGUCGUGUAGGUGAGUCUUCGGCAUAUUUAACGUUAUUUUUACCUAAAGCACGGACAGCUACAGCUCGUGUACCUCCAGACUAUUCCUCGUUUAUUAUGAUAGCUGGAUCUUUGUUAGCUUUGACAGGAUUAGGCUUUAUUGCAGCGUGUGUCUGUUGGAAAACGCAACACCGAAGAGUACCACCGAGCAGAAGCUUCACAGAUCAAGAGAAGAAAUUACUAGAUACUUCAAUAGCGGCAAGUUGUGACCGAACUAGUGCCGAUUUGGGUUCAUCCUCUUACGGCUUUGAAAUGUUGGACAGAUCAAUGUCUAUGGAUAGUGAAGACACUCAGAGAUGUUUAGAACCGGUUCAAAUAACAAUAGAAGGUCCUCCUGGUUCUUUCCCACCUCCACCUGCAGAAUUUGCGCUACCAGCGCCUUACGGCAAUAUUUUCAUAUCAGUUCAAGUUUCUGGCCACAAUAAUGAAUACCCAGACUUACUUGGCGGUGGUGCUACAUUGCCAAGGCGGAGUCGAACAUGUUUUUUAAAAUCAGCGUAUGAUAAUAUGGGACCUAGAAUAACUGCAGCAGGUAGUUCCACGUGGUCUCUUCCUGGUGCCAAUGUAGAUAAUAAGAAAGAUGAAACGGACACAAAUUUAACUAUGCCAUUGUCUACUUUUUCAACUGAAUUUACAGCUCUUUAAAAUAGAUUAUAAGUGCGUGACUUUGUAAAACGGAAAAUGCAUUUAUAUCAACAUUGAUAAGUUCCUUA